AUGGUGCAAGAGGCGGAGGAGUUCGCGGAGGACAGGAAGGUGAGGGACAAGGUGGACGCGCGGAACAAGCUGGAGGCGUGCAUUUACAGUGCCCAGCCGACGGCCAACGGCGAGCUGGGGGACAAGAUGGACGACGGCGACAGGGAGAAGGUCAGGGAGGCGGCGAGGGAGGCCAUCGACUGGUUAGAGGCCAACCCGGAGGCCGACAAGGACGACUACGUGGAGAAGCUCAAGCAGCUGGAGGAUGUCUGCAGCCCCGCCUUUGCCACCGCCUACGGGAACUCCGGCGGUGGUCAUGACGACGACGCCGAGGAGGACAAUGACCAAGACGAGCUUUAG